AUGAGAUAAACCGUGGUUGAUUCAGAGGCAGUCGUUGGAUUGGCAUGGCUGUGUGCAGCUCAGCACUGCGAUCUACAUCCACGAGGCUCCUGCCUGGACAUUUGGAUUCUCUCCGCACAGCAGCACAGCCUUGAUACGGUGCUGGACAGCGUAACAUUGAGCUGUGCUGUGUUUUAACAGCAGGGCUUUGGGAGAUAAAGAGGGAAUAAUAAGGGGAGGGGGGCAACCUUACCACACACUUGAGCGAUGUGCCGUGAGCUUCUCUCUCUCUCGUUUCAGAGCGUCAGGCUUUUCUACACAGAGACCUGGGACUAAUGGAGGGAUGCACUGAUGUUACUCUUUGCUUGUCAUGCUUGAAUCACAGCUUCAUAUAUCCUUUUGUGUCAGAGACCUUAUUGUCUUCGUCUGCCACUGCCGCCAGCUCUACUGUGGGGUAGCGUGGCGGACAGAGCCCCCUCCUCAACCCCCCUCUCCCUUGUCUGUGCCCCCGGCUUCUCAUCACUCCCAGCUCGCUCGUGUCUAUUUACCUCUCUUAAGCUACCCUCCCCUCUCUGUUAAGCUCCGUCUUUCUUGCUCUCCCGCUCCCUGCUGCUUACUAUCUCCCUCUCUUUGCUCCUUCAAAGCAGGCAGUCUGCUAUUCUAUCCAGGCGGCUUGCUACAUGAUCUCCUGGAAAACAGUUUUCGCCGCCGCUCUGCCUCCUCACAAUUCCAGAGCCCUUCCAGAUUUCCAUCUCUACAACGGCAGGAUGUUCCUUCGCGAGGAUUGAUCCCCAUCCGCCCCCCUUCACUUUCCCCUUCCCCUCCCUUGUCCUGAUCUCCUGCCCUCUGACCCCUACCCUCUUGUUCUCUACCCCCACCCUCCCUCUCCCAUUCGCCCUUACCCCAAGCCUCUUUCCCCCAUAAUUCAUUUCACCCACUUGACCAUGUUGCCAUGUGUCUGCUGGCUCCAGCUUAUCCUCAUCUUGCUGUCCUCUGUCUUAUGGACCCUGGGGGAAAACUGCCCAGCAACCUGCCUGUGCCCAGAUCCUCACACUGUGGACUGCAGUGGCCGUGGGCUGACCCGUCUACCCAGUGAGAUCCCCUUGGAUGUGCGCAGGCUGUUGCUGGCCGACAACUGGAUACCCAGCAUUCCCUCAGACUUCCUGGUUCUGUACAGUGACUUGGUCUACCUGGACCUCCGGAACAACUCCCUCUCCCACAUAGAGCCAGGGACCCUUAGCACCUCUUCCAGGCUGGUCUUCCUGGACUUGGGCAGCAACAAUCUGACUGAAAUCCCCAAGGGGACUUUUGGGGAGUCUCGGAGCCUGAUCAAGCUACGGCUGGGCAACAACCCAUACCUGAGCAUGGUGAACGAGGAUGCUUUCCUUGGCCUCACCUCUCUAAGAGAACUGGAACUGGAGCGCAAUGCACUGUCGACGCUACAGGUGGGGGCGCUAAGUCAGUUGCCCUCCCUGCGGGCGGUGAGGCUAGAGGGCAACCCCUGGGUGUGCAACUGCAACUUUGCCAACCUGUUCACAUGGCUGAUGGAGAACAGUCACAAGCUUCCAAACGGGGUGGAAAGUAUGGAGUGCUCUCUCCCCAUGGACGGCAGACGUGUAUCCCUGUCGCAGCUCUCCAAGGACAGCUUCCGUGAGUGCCAGGCCACCCUGACUCUAACAGACCUGCUCAUCAUCAUUUUCUCUGGCAUCUCAGUGUCUGUGGUGGCCAUCAUGACAAGCUUCUUCCUGGCGUCAACUGUUCAUUGCUUCCAGCGCUGGAGUAAAGGCACCAAGGGGGAUGAAGAGGAGAGUGAGGAGUGAGACGGGGGUUGGGGGGUUUGUUUUAAGGGCCUGCGUGGCCCUGGUACUGCAAACAAUGAGAGGAUACCGCAGACAGUGUGUGCUACAUGUGACAAGUUUCAUGCUGCCUCCUCCCUGGUGAAUAUCCAGGACUGUUUAACGGUAGGAUCUUGCCCUGGUACAGUUGCAGUUGUUUUCUUUGCACGUGAAAAAUGGUAACAAAGGACAUUCCCGAGGAAUGAGCCAAAGUCCCAGUUAAAAAUAGUGAGUGCCCUCCACUAGCAAAAUGAUAUUGUAGAGAUCGUAUUUUUGGCUGCGUGAGCCUGUGGUCAUCUUUUAUGGCUACUGACUCUUGGCUCAGUGUUGUAGGCCUGCACAAUUAUAGCGAGGCUAAUACUCUUAUAAUGAGAGAGUAAACAAUUAACAAAGAAGUGUUGCUGCUGUGCUGUCACAUUAGUAUUAGACGAGGUGAUAACUUCUCUCAACGUGUAAUCACAUUGGACAUGUACCCUAAAAUCCUGUAAAGUGACAUCAAAGUUAGGGCAAACUUUUAGAUGAUUUUCGGCUUCAUCUGUCUAGGGAAGAAUCCACGAUCCCAUUGAGAAAAAAAAAAAAAAAA